CUGCCUAUAAAAAGCAGAAGCAGAGUGAAAAUAGUGAUCACUGUCACACAAGGAAAGGGGACGACACAAGCGGCUCAACUGCACCUGCACUAUCUCAGCGCUGCCAACAGGCCCUUCUCUCUCUCUCCCCCAUGGACUCUGAAGCCAGCCUGGGCUCUAGCCGAGCCUCCUCCCCGGAGACAGACGACCUGUUCCUACACUCGCGGAAAGGUGGUUUCUCGGGCGCGGUGUCUUCUUCCACGAUGAGCGACUCCCCCGCGGAGCUGAGCGCGGAACUGCGCAACGCAAUGGCUAUGGCCGCUGCCGCGGGAGACAAGUUUGGCGCAUUUAAAGCGGCUGCGGCGGCUGCAGCGGCAGUGGCGGCCAAGAAGGACAAGAAGCAGAUGGACGAGCCGGAGCUGCAGCAGUUGAGGCUGAAGAUUAACAGCCGGGAGCGCAAGCGGAUGCACGAUCUGAACAUCGCAAUGGACGGGCUGCGGGAGGUGAUGCCCUACGCGCAUGGACCCUCAGUGCGCAAACUGUCCAAGAUCGCGACUCUGCUGCUGGCGCGCAAUUACAUCCUCAUGCUGAACAGUUCUCUGGACGAGAUGAAGCGCCUGGUCAGCGAGAUCUACGGAGGGCACCACCACCAUGCGGCAGCCGCAGCGGCAGCAGCAGCCGCUUAUCAUCCGUCAGCCUGUGGGGGGAUGAGCCAUGGGACCCCCCUGCCCGGACACCCAAUGGCCCACCACCCUCUACUCCCCGGCACAGCCUCCAUCACAGCUUCCAGCCUCUCCGGGGUGAGGGCAGCACCCCCUCCUCCUCCCCCUCCCCCUCCUGCCCCCCAUUCAGCCUCCCACGGUCUCCUCAAGUCUCCCAGUCCGGGGACACUAGGCGGAGGCUUCCCCCAUUGGUCGGGAAUGCCCUGUCCCUGCAGCAUGUGCCAAGUGCCAUCUGCUGCCCACCACCAUCUCACAACUGCCACCUUGUCCAGGCUCAGCGCAGAUACCAAGUGACUACUUUAUAAGGAGGGCUUCAGCCUGCCCUAUUCAUAACGAGUGGGCUUCUGGCAAACUGGGCCCCUGAACUGGAACUGAUCCUUACGGUGGGGUCCAAUUUGCUCAGGGUACAGAGUCCUGUGCGGGAAAGACUGGGGGACUUGAGCACAGACAGACCCAUUCUCUCCCUGGCUAAGGACCCCAGUACUUACAAAGUAGCAGCACCGACCCAACUGGGAAGAGACUGACCCAAAAACAAUAACAACUGGCUACUUGGCAUCACUUUGUGGCUUCAGGACCAGUGCCUGGGAAACAGGAGAACUUGUUACUUUGUAUCGCACCAUCAAUUUAUGUUAUGCACUGGGGCAAACGUUUUAGUGUAACUGUCAGCUCCGGUUUAACUGUCAGCUGCCCUCUUGUUACCUGUUAUGCAGUUAUGUGGGGGGGGGGGACCAAUUCACUCCUUUUGCCUUGGUUCCUUCUGGGUAGCACUUUGGCUUUGGUGUUGGAUAUUGAAUUGGCUCAGAUGCCAAUGACCUACCAGAGCCCAAUAAGGAGGCAGCAGACAUGUCCAUUGUGGGUAUCAGUGGGGGUGUCAGUUGUCCCCUGGUUGGCUGCCUCACUUUAUCCUGCAUGUAACGUCUUAAUGGUGUUUCGGUUCUGUGUCCCAGACACUGACAAUGAACUAUCAGCCUGUAAGUCUUAACUACUUCUACCACAGUCAGGUGCAGAUCACUUUAAAUGCCACCAACAUCAGUCACUUACCCAAGACCACACCUAGAAUAACAUAGGUCUUCUCACCCUCUGGUGCACCUGGUUAUUGUCUGCCCCUCCCCUACACUGCCAGAUAUUUCAUCGUUCGACUCCUUUAAAUUAACCUAACAAGGCAUAUGAGCUUUUAGUGCCCUUGCAGCACUGCCCCAUGCCCCUAUGUAAUGGACUAUGGUAACUAGAGAGAAAGGAGUGCAACCAACUGCCACUGAGCUGUCAGUGUAAACUACAACUCCCAGCAUCCUUUACUGUCAUUCAAGAAUGCUGGUAGCUGUAUUAUGGUCAGUGCUGUGUUUGAACUUGAAUCAGUUGUGCAGGUCAAAACCAACUGGAAGGACGAAUUGCUUCCAGUCCAUUUGCAGUGAGGAUGGGAUGGGACAGAUUUGGGAAAGUCAGGGGUAGGGACAUCAGAUCAGCAUCGGUGGCUCUGCCAUUGCAUAAAAUAAAUGAUCCCCUCUGAGAUCCUGAUUGCAGAAAGAGGAGUCAAUGAACCAUAGGGGAAUAUACAAUGAGGCAGAGCUGGGAGACCCCCAAUGAGCCAAUGAAACAUAAGCAGCUGAGGGGGCACAGUUUCAUUUUUCUUGCAGCUUGUGAAACACAUCAAAGGACUUCCCUACAUAAAGUGAGAUCAAGCAGCCCCCCUGCAGACAAGGCUUGGCUCACAGUCACAAUCUCAGACCACCCCAGUGAGACCCACAACCCCCUUUUUCGAUUCACAGAUCAUAGUCAACCUUUUGGCACUGUUGUUCAACUACAAAGUUAUCUAUGGAUGCUGAGAGUUGUAGUUCUGCUCCAAUGUUUAUUCAUUUUCCUCCUGCACCGAAAUUAACAUCAGAACCGACUGUGGGGCCUUCACCCCUUCCAAUGCCAGGGGGUUUACAACCCUCACCCAGUUCCUGUGGUCGCUCGUUUUUCUUCUGAACCCCCCAACUCUCAUCUUCUCAAAAAAACAAAAACAAAGGGAAACUUGUAAUGUUUUUUAGCCCAGUGCAGCAGUCUAAUAUAAAAUAAUAUUGUAUGUAACACUAGGAAUGAUAUUAAUAUAAUAUUCUCAUUAACAACCAGUGCACCCCUAUGUUUUGUUUAAUCCUCCCUGUCUUCUCUUUGGCUCUAAAUGUAAAUUCUGCUUUGCUAUUUUUAUACUGCUUGAAAUCCUGUUACCAGACAAUAGAGUGUCUGUGUUUUUUGGAAUGUUUGUAAAUAAUAUGAGAAUGCCUUAUACUCUGUAGUUUAAUGGUACCUGCCAGUGUAAUGGAAACCCUCUCCCCUCGUCCUACCUGCAAUAUCACCUGUCACUGCCUUCCAACAUUCAGGUUCAACUCUCUGCUCCAUCACUGCCCACAUAUAUUCUCAUCUCUUUAUUUUUGUACAAAAUAUGAAAAAAAAGUGCUAAAAUAUUUAUUAUUUUAUUUGGUUUUGACAAAAGAAAAAAACAAAAACAACGAUGGUUAAAAGUUUGAAUAAAAUGCCUUUAAGUAAA